GUGUUACUGAUAACUGUGCUGGAACCGACAUAAAAAAGGGGUUUAUAUUAUACUCUAGAUGUGGCACGGCAGGCCAGGAACGGAGCGGAAGCAGUCAAGGUACUGGAAAAGGUCCGGAUCGUGAACGGAGCGAAACACGGGCUGAACGGGGAGGAGCUGCCACGUACCACCAUCAGCCACCUUUCACAGCCGCAGGAUUUCAAAGCCGAGCUAAAACACGAUGUGAGACUCAGUCUAGCCGCUCGAUCAAAGUCGAUUCCUACCAAGUACCACUACGACGAAACCGGUUCGGUUUUGUUCGAGGAGAUAACCCAACUCCCCGAGUACUACCUGACUCGGGUUGAAACCGGGAUCCUCCGAGAACGGGCUGGCGAUAUCAUGAAACUGGUCAAACCGGAUGAGCUCGUUGAACUCGGGUCAGGCUCGUCGACGAAAACUCGACUACUCCUAGAAGCGAUGCACGGCACUGGUGGGAGAUGGUACGUCCCGAUUGAAAUCUCCGAGACGGCGCUCUACCAAGCAGCUAAGAUGCUGAGCUCUGACUAUGACUGGCUGCACAUUGACGGUUACGUCGGGAACUACACCACGGAUCUUCCGCUGCUACAGAGAAGGGGCCGACGCCUCCUCACCUUUCUCGGGUCGAGUCUCGGAAACUACACCAAUGAGACGCGAGCAGAGUUCCUCGCAAUGUUGGGUAACGCACUCCAACCGGGCGACGCCCUGCUGUUAGGCAUCGACCUCGUCAAAGACGAAGAAACGAUGGUCCUGGCCUAUAACGACUCGGCCGGUAUCUCCGCCCGCUUCAAUUUGAACGUCCUCGUCAUGCUAAAUCGAGAGCUUGGUGCCGAUUUCGACGUGAGCAACUUCACCCACUCUCCCGUGUGGAAUGCCGAGAAUUCGGGAGUGGAAUCACACAUCAGAGCCAAUAAAGGGAUGACCGUUUCUCUCCCUGGCCUCGGCACCAGCAUCGAGCUGGGCGAGGGAGAAGGGAUCUUUCCAGCGAUAUCGUGCAAGUUCACGAGAGAGGGUGUCACGAGAGAAUUGGGGGACGCGGGGCUGGAGGUGACUCAGUGGUACACCGACAGUGCGGCAAUGUAUGGAGUCUUGGUUGCAGCACCGAAAAUUUGACUUUUUAGAUACUAAACAGAGAAACUGGUGUAUUGAU